CAAGCGUCAAGAUUUUUUAACAAAAUCUAGACUUUUUAUGUGGAAACCAGCGUUAAAUGCCGGCCAAAUGUAUCCAAAUGUUAAAGCACAAGCAGUUCCACUAAAUUUUAACCGCUAUGGCAUUCCACCACCACCAAUGGCGCCAAUUCAUCAAAACUAUAUGUUCACAAUACCAACUAAAGUUAAUUAUCCUUCAUACCAGCCAGUAAAAGAAAUCGAUGAUAAAAGAAAGCCAGGAAAUUUACAUCACAUCACGAUAAUUAAUGCCAUAAUGCCAAAACCUUAUUUGCCAACGGUACCCACCCACAGCCAUCCAACGACAACUUUUCGAAAUUAUAGAACAAACAAUAAACUACUUUAUCAUCAGUAUUAUAAUAAUAAUUUUGGGCGCCAAAGUAUGGAAAAUUUAAAUAAAAUGAAUGUACAACAACUUCAAUUACAACAGUUGCAGCAGCAACAAAUCCAACAACAACAGCAGCAACAGCAGCAACAACAACAGCAGCAACUGCAAAUUAUAUAUCCUUCAACUCCUUUAGCUUUUAAAGUGAGUACCCCAACAAUGGAGUAUAGGCAUGUUAUAAGCUACAACACUGAAAACAACAACAACAUUGAACAUGCAGAAAAUGAAAUCAAUACUCAGGUUUCACAAUGUGGACGAAAAACUAAAAACGAUACAAAUCAUUCUGCCAGCGAUGUUUUAUACUAUUAUUGCAAUAACCGUAUAACAAAUUACAAAAAUCCUACCCAACAGCAAACAUUGGUCUCAAUUCAACCAACAACAACAACAUCUACAUCAACUACGACGACUACUACAACUACUACUGAGGCACCUCCUACCACACCACACUCUACAAAAUCUGCACGUUUAGAUUUUGAUUUUUUCACCACCGAAAGGCCAAUAUUUUUACCAACUCCAAAUGCUCCGAUGGAAAGCAGUUUUACUCCAAUUACAUCUACCACAAUACAAAAAAAUUCUAUAGUUGAUUCAGACAAUGAUAACAAUUUUAAGCUACAGAGACAAAAAUACAGACCAAAGAAAUAUGAAGAUAUCAGACCUACACAACAGCGAUAUCGUCAAACUGCAACGAGGUAUGAAGACAUAAAACGACAACAACAGUAUACAACUGCAGCAGCAGCAACGUAUGAUGAUAUGAAAUUUCAUAGUUUCUUUACCAUAGAAGAUGCUGUAACCAGAGCUCCAGAAAUGCAAGUUUUCAAUGAUCCAUAUCAAGCAUAUAGACAUGCUAGAAGACAUCACCACAGCCAUCAGCGACAAACGACAACUACAACGAUCAAGCCAGAUACCACAACAACCACUAAAAAACCAAAAUAUAAAAGUUUUUUCGAUGAUCUAGAUGAAGAAGAUUAUAUAAUACCGGAAGUAAAUCAAUACGAUUAUUCAUUAUUUAGUACCCCUGCAAAAUCUGUUUAUCACAAAUCAAAAAUUCAUAAUGAGCUACAAUUUUCAGAAAAUAAUCAAAUCUUAGAACAUACGCAUAAGCCUACGGAAGAGAAUGCAUUUUUUGCAGUUGACGAACCAUUCCAAGGUAAACCCAAAAUAAAACAACAUAAUUUUGGAUUAUUUAAUGCGAUUGGUUCUACUACAUACACAACACCUGCUAUUACCACAUAUAAACCUUAUGAAAACUUAAGAAAUCUUUUUCUAACUACUCAUAAAAUACCCUCAUCUUCUUCUGCCUACGAUUCGAAGCCAAUAACAUUUACUAGCACUACAGAAACGAUAUUAAGGAAUCAGGAACCGAUAACCGAAAGGGAAAAGGAAAAUACGACUUCUAAUUUAUUUUCGAACGAAGUUCGUACAUCAACAACUAUUCCAAUUACAACUACUACCGAAAAAAAAUCCAACAGAAUUAUAUUAAAAUCACCACUGAACCUGAGGUCACCUACAACGUUUAAAUAUCCCAAGCAAAGAAUACAUAAAUCAUUUAAAAAUAUAACUUCUACCACCACUAGAGCCACACCCACAUUAAAAAAGGUCCCAAAAUAUCAAAGACAAUAUAAAUCAAAGAAAUUGAAACAAUUCAAACACUUGUUUACAACUUCAAGUACAACUACAUCAACCACAACUACAGCUAUUCCGACUACCACAGAAAUUCCUACUAAACGGAUUUCGGUCAGAUUAGUUCCAACAACGUCCACCACUGAAGAGCCAACAACGAAGAAAGCUGUGAUCUCAAGAACAGUAUCAACAACAGAGGCAACAAAAAUAAAAAAAUUUAGACAACAGCCAUCUCCUACAACUGAAACAACAAACAGAAAGAAAAUAAAAUCACGUACUUCAACUGCGUCAACAACAGCGGCAGUUAGUGAUAUCUCUAUCAGAAGACAAUCACCAAGGAGAGGUUCUAAAAGAGCUAAUAUUGCCAGAAAUGAAAAAGAAAGCGUACAACCAACAACGAGAAAAACUGAAAAUAAAAGUCGGCGCAGACCUACUUCAUCGUCUACAACCACAAAGCCUUUAAUCACUCGGACUUCAUCAAACUUAUCUACUACGAGUACAACUUCAUCAACACCAAUGUCCACGAGCCUGAGGACAUCGUCUACAACGACAACCAUGAAAUCCAUAAUGAGAAUAGCCAAUAGUAAAUCACGAACAAAACUCCACAACAACAUUAAAACGCCAACAAAACCUUUUAAAGAGCUGAAAGAUGAUCGCCAAGUUUUCGAUGAAAGAAUGUCGUUGAUGUCAAUAACAUCUACAAUGGCCAAUAUACCACCAUUACCAAUAGAAAUAUAUUUUAAAAAGAGUCACAGUGCUAAAAUGUAAACAUUAAUUAUGUAUUUAGCUAAUGAUGAAUAUAAAAUUUAGUCAAAUUCAGUUUUGUUUCUUUAAAAAUAUAAAUAUACUUGGUACUAAAAAGGGGUUUCCCAUUUCAAAAAUGUUAUCCUGUU